AAAUCGGUCAUAAAAAACUAAACACACCGACAAGAUUCAUCAAUACAAUACCCAUGCUAUCAAAUUAGCCUCGUUCCCUGUUGAACGUCACCUGUUAUUGAGGAAGGGGAAUCUGUCGGGACUUGGAAACUUUAUGUUUCAUGUUGAAGUGAGCUUAAUCAUCACGAACUCGUUUUUAGCAUCCUGGGGAAGAAAUCUUGAUGGAACUCCCGAAACUUCCGAAUCUCCGGCCAGUCAAUUGCAAGUAAAACAUUUACUGCGUGAUUACUAGGGACAUCGUCAAUUUACGCCUCCUUCAUCACAUCAAUCAUCAUCCACUCAUGCUUUAAACUGUUUUAUUUUUAUCUCUAUCUUCACGUCAUCAUGGAGUCCUCUCCACAACCUGCCGAUUCUACAAUCCCACCUCCUCCAACUCAACCACCAAUACAUCAAAAGAUAACUCGUGGUCAUUCUUGUGUUCUCUGUCAACAGAGAAAAGUACGAUGUGAUCGACAAAAACCUAAAUGUUCUAAUUGUGCUAAGGCACAUGCGGAAUGUAUUCCCAGUACACCUGCUGCUCCACGUCGAAGAAGACGUAAACUUAGUGAGUUAGAUGUGGCUGCAAGAUUGAGGAAAUAUGAACAUUUAUUGAGGGUUAAUGGAAUUCGGAUUGAGGAUGAUGGUGCUGCCGAUGGUGUUACUGGUGGUGUUGGAAGUGCAAAUGCAAGUGGCACUGACGAUGCAGGUCCUGAUGAAUCAACUUCUACUAGCCAAGCUUUAUCAAGUUCCAAGAAAGGUACAGAAGUUACUACGGUUACCGGGACCGACAAUAAUGAGAAUCAAUCUGGGUCACACAAACAUCGAUGUAAUCAUGGCCCUCAUGGUUCUCAUGGUUCUCAUGGUUCUCAUGGUUUUCAUGGUUUUCAUGGCCCUAACGGUCCUCAUGGCCCUCAUAGCCCUCAUGGCAUGGGUUGCCCUCACGGCUCUAAAGUUGGAAAAGGUCAAUUGUUUUCUAAGCAUGGGAACUCUCGUUACAUAGAAAAGUGAGAAUUGUCUUUAGAAUCCCAUUCAGUUGGCAAGCAUUUGCUAACCCAUUUUAGUACUGUUUGGGAGAAUCUUAGUAAUGAAUUACAAGAUCCAAAAGAUGCAUUUCAAGUGUCAUCAGAAGAAGAUGAUAACAAUGAUAACUCCCUCUUCCCCGAAGAAUCAACUAUCCUUCUUGGGAACUUGAUUGGUUCAAAAAGAAACCUGAGAAGCCUACAUCCUCAACCUGUUACAAUUUUCAGGUUAUGGCAAAUCUUUCUGACCAAUGUGAAUCCAUUGAUAAAACUUUUUCAUGCGCCGACAGUUCAGGAGAUGAUCUUAGAAGCGACUUCAGAUAUGGAUCAUAUUCCGAAACCUACAGAAGCUCUAAUGUUCGUUAUAUACCUUCUAUCUAUCGGCUCACUAAAAGAUGAUGAAUGUGAGAGUACUUUCAAUGAACCAAGAUCCGUACUUUUAUCGAGAUAUUCUCAUGCUGCACAACAAGCACUUAUCAACGUCAAAUAUAUUAAAUCUCUGAAUUUGACUGCCUUACAAGCUUAUUGUUUAUUUCUAGUAAGUUAGCUCUACCACUCUUUGUUUCCUUUUACUUGAAUGACUCAGACACCACUGUCUUUUCCUAGCACCACUGCAACGAAUUGCGUAUUUCGUCACUAACUCACAUCAAUAGCUUGCAGCUCGUAAGCAUUAUGAUGCUCAUGCAUUUUGGAUAUUAACAGGUUCUGCUGUUCGAAUUGGUCAAAGAUUGGGUAUUCAUCGUGAUGGAUCUUCUCAUAAUUUAUCUCCUUUCGACACAGAAAUGAGAAGGAGAGUUUGGUGGCAGGUAGUUUUCCUUGAUGGUUUUGCUGCAAAAUUAUGUGGCGCAGGAUUCCCUGUUGUAAGUGUAGAUUCUUCUUCUGUUCCACUCUCAAUAUUCAUUAUCGUCUUCCUUCUCCAUUUCUAUUCAAGUUUUACUAAAUUAUUACGCAGUGGCUUGCAAAAUUUGAUACAAAGUUACCACUCAAUGUUAGUGAUAGUGAUCUCACUCCCGACAUGACAGAACCUCCACCUGAGCGAGCCGGAGCAACCGAAAUGCUUUUCUGUUGUAUUCGAUAUGAAGUUUCGCAAGCUAUUCGAAAGGCUAAUAGCUUUGGCAAUGGACAUGGACAUGGGCACGGACAUGGACAUGGACAUGGAGAGGGUGGUGGCCGAGGUGGUCAUAGAGGUAGUCAUCAUGGUGGUCCAUCACAUACUCCUCCAUUUUCGAGCGUUAUCGCUGAAAAAGAUAAGGCUAUUGAUGAAUUGGAGGCCAGACUCCAAGAUAAGUAUUUGCAAUACUGUGAUCCAUCAAUACCUCUACAUUUACUAUCGAUAUAUGUUGCCAAAUCAGUCAUCUGUACAAUGAGAUUAAUGGCUCAUCACCCACGACAAUAUCCCGAUAAAGGUGCGAGUAUGCCACAAAAGGAAAGAGAUAUGCUCUUUAAUGAAUCAUUAAAGAUGCUUGAAUAUGACGGCAUAGGUCAUUCCGAAAAGCUCGUCCAAAGAUAUCUUUGGCAUAUUCAUGUCCAUUUUCAAGUAGAUGCAUUUAUAUACCUGCUCAGCGAACUUCGCCAAAGAGAAAGAGGAGAAUUAGUAGAUAAAGCGUGGCAUCAAGUCGAACUCGCAUAUGAAUUUCGCGGAGAAAUGCUCAACGAUACAAAAAAUAGUCUAUAUUUCGCCUUGGGAAACUUAGUCCUCAAAUCCUGGGAAAAAAGAGAAGAAAGUGGAGGAACCUCAGGAAAUUCCCCAAACCAAGUCCCCCCACCAAGAUUCAUCUCAAUCCUCCGUUCGCAAAGACAAAAACACGAUCAACUCCACAGAUCUAUAGAACAUCAUCAACGACAACAUGAAGAAAAUGAUAACGAAGAUGAUAUAGCAGAUCCCUUCCGAACAGUAAAUAACUGGCACAUGCCCCCCGCUACGGCAGAAUCAUACGUAAGACAAAAACCCCCGGAUUAUAUCCCCGCACAAUCUUCACAUGAGGCUUCGGCUUCGGAGUUGCAUACGCAACAUCCUAUGCAGACGCAAAUGCAAACCUCACAAGAACAACAGUGGUUGGCGUCGGAUUCGUUCCUGGAUACUUCAAUGCCGGAUAUUACGCCUAUGGAUUGGGAGUAUUGGCAAACUUUGCUGGAUGGGGAUUUGCCUGCUUAUACGGGGCAGUUGGGUGGUGGUAACGGGCAGCAGGGUUGGUAGGGUUUGUUGGGUUGGGUGUUUAGGUGGUUGGUGUGUGUGUGUGUGUGUGUGUGUGUGUGUGUGUGGAUUUGUAGGGUUUUUUUUAGCAGGUUCGUGGAUGAGAAUAUGUGUAUAUAUAUAUUUGUCUUGCUAAUU